AUCUUAUGACUCUCUUUCAUUUGCACCUGCAACGUGCUGUACACUGAUGCGGCACUUGGGGCUGAAACAGAAACCAGGUUUGUAUUGUGAAGACAGGCUUUAACUGUGUAGCCUAGGCUGGCCCAAGGGACUGGCUUUGUAGACCAGGUGGCCCUCAGACUUGCCUGGAUCCUCCUGCUUUCUUUCUUAAAUGAUAGAAUUAAGAACUCUUCAGUGAGAUAAAAAUUAGUGAACACACAGACUGCCUUAGAAAGUGUAUAAGGAGGGUCCAGUUUAAAAUACUGAGGAGAAAAAAAAAAAGCAGUGUAAAAAUCUCUAGAAUUACAUAAAAUAGAAAUAAGUUUCCUAUUUUGAUCUAAAUGUCUCUAAUUCAUAGUCAUUUGAUUUUGACUGUAUGAAAAAUAUUAACUGCAUGGCAUUCUUUCCCAUGAUCCAGGCAGAUUAUAAGCUUACCUUAGCUUGUGCAUUUCCAGCACAUGACCUGUAAUUGGUUUGGUUUGGUUUUUGAUGUAAUUUAUCUUCUUCUGAUGGACUGUCUGUGGGGUUCUGCAUUGGAAUACAGUAAGUCAGGGUUAAGGAACAUUUUUGUUUUCCUUUGCUUUUUAUUUUCAUGUGGUUAUCCAUGUCCGUUGUCCUUUCUAUGCUCCCGCUGUUGUUUUGAAACCGUAAAAUGAACACAUCCAUAGAAAUGAGGACAUGUUGGUAGACGUCCCUCCAGGCACUGGUGUUUUUAUGGCCCAUUUGUUUCAUAUUCCCCAAACCUGAAGGUUCAGACUGUGGGUUCUGGCCCUUCCGGAGCUAACAGGAAACUCAAAUUCCAAUCCUCCAUCUAGUCCCCUAGAAGAGGAGCCUGUGUUCAGUGUGGCUCCUCUCACACACUUGGAACUGGACAUCAAGUACAUUGGAUAUUUUUUUUUCUUACAGAAAACUUAAAGGAGAAAGAAACAUACAUAUAAUUUGUAGAUUUAGACUCAAAUUUCACGUGUGUAUCCUUUAAGAUUGUAGGAUAACAUUUCUUUACAUAUAUUUGGAGAAAGGCCUCCAAUAUAUAGCCUGGUUCCUACCCACAUGUCACCAGUUCCCAAAUGGACUUGGUGUCCUUAUUUAAUAGUGACUUCUAUGAUUUUUUGUUAAUUGACUUGGUUUUGUCAGUUUAUAUGUGUGCCCAUUCCCCACUUCUGUCGUAUGUUAAUUCUGUUUCUGUGGGGUUGUGCAGUUCGCUGCUGUACUGUCCUGACUUCCGCACUAUCAGAGGACUGAUUAUGAUUUUAAUUGUGGCAGAUAUUGAGGAUUCUUACAUUAGUAACUGAAGUUAGAAGAAAACACACCACCAACAGCACAUCGUGUGCUCUGUUCUGAGAGUCUAUUGGAGGUAGCUCAUUUGAUCUUUAUCAAACUAACCAACAAUGCUAUUUAACCCAUCCCAUAAAUCAAACAGCAGUGGAAAGAAUUUAGCAUGUUUUCCAAGAUUAUCAUGUUCUUAAAUAAGAAAGAAUUGAUCUAAGCUUACACUCUUCUGAUUGGAGAGGUGUUCAUUUCAACAACUUAGCAAGAGACAGCUCGUAUCCGGUAUGAAAUGUCACCUGCCAUGUAUGCUUGGUGGCUGAGUGAUAGCCAAGACUUGGAUACAGGGCCAUUUCUUCACUGGUUUGUAUUUUCCAAUUUCCUCACAGCACCCAGUUUUAUAAUAGGGAGCAAGUAAAUGAGUAUCAGUAUGCUGUGGGGGACUCGGAUAUGUUCUCCAUGGUGCCAGAGUGGGAACCAAGUUCAAACUAUUGAGGGAAACAAUGAAAAUUGUUCCAACCAGCUUCAGAAAUGUGGCCACCUGAAGCAACUGGGCACGGUUUGCCACCCAAGUACCUGGCAUUCAUGUGCUUUUCUAGCCUGUCUCAAACCUCUGAGGCCAUCCAAGUAGAACUUAGGAGAGCUGUAGUAUUUCGUAUUAUUUAGUGUCAGAGUGGAAAAUUCAAGGAUCUGUCACUGAGUGGGCUAACAAUCAAGAGAACAAUCCCAUUGUUUGUACCACACUUGGGCAAACCAACAGCCACGUGAAGCAAUAAAAAUGGUUAAACUUUUCUACUAGAAAAUCCUCAGAGGGAGAGAGAGAGAGGAGUGUUUCCAACUUCCCUGGGCUUUGUUGUUCGUUUUCCUCACAGUGAACUUCCAUUCAGCACAUAUUCAGUUAGCAAAUGCUAAGGUUUUGUACGUGCUAAGGACAGUGACAGGUUUUCAGAACAUAACAGUGGUAACUAUUUCGCAGUUGACACUGAGAGCGUGUUUAGUGAAUAAUCCAUUAAGCAAUACUCCAUGCAAGCACUGUGAUCGAUCCUUUUUAUGCACCAGCUUGUUGAAUUCCUGUGACACCUUUUCUGUUUGGCAUUAGCUCGGCUGAGAUCCUAUGGCUGCUGGCUAUCCACAGAGCAGUAGAACUAUGUUAAUUCUUUAAUUUGUUCAGUUUCUAGUUUAUCACCUUGUAGGAAGCUCACAGCCUUACUAAAAUCCUUACUUAUUUCUCUGGCAGCUACUCCACCAUUUGGACAGUUUGGGAAGUCUUAAUUUCUUGAUGUUCCAUCAUAAAGUUCAAUUUUGUAUGACUGAAGCAAAGCAUAGCUUCAGUGAAUGAAUUUCAGUUGGAAAUUUAUUUUGAUGAUGGGUUCGUUGUAUAUAUCUUUUAAUUGCUUUAUGUAAGACUAGUACCAAGAAUUUAUUUCUAGGUAGGUUCCAUGUAAGUCAGUGAAUAUGAUUGUCUAAGCAUAAGAUUAUCUGUGCGUUACUGUUGGAAUGUGAAAUGCACCCCCUAGGCUUGUGUGUUUGAACAUGUGCUUCCCAGUCGGUGGAGCUGUUCUGGAUCGCUGUGUAAACAUUCGGAGGUGGAGCCCUGUUGGAGGACAGGGGCCACUAGGGGAGGAUCUUGAAUCUUCAUAGCCAGACUCCUUGCCUGUCCACUCUCUGCUUCCUAAGGGAAUGCUUGGUAAACAACAGUCUCGGUAUCCUGCUGCCGGCCUUCUCUGCUGUGAUGGACAGAGCCCCUCAACUAACCUCAGAUGGUGGCAAAGUGGUCGGCACCAUAGAAGUCAGCCUUGUGAAGAUGGGGGAGAUUGAGGAUGGGGACACCGACCACAUCACGACAGAUGUGCAGGGACAAAAGUGCGCGCUAGCAUAUGAAUGUACAGCACCAGAAAGUGUGAGCGGGAAGGACAACUUGCCUUUAUUAAAUUCAGUGUUAAAGAAUCCUGUGUGUAAAUUAUAUAGAUUUCCCACAUCCGACAAUAAGUGGAUGCGGAUUCGUGAGCAGAUGUCAGAGAGCAUUCUUUCUUUUCAUAUUCCUAAAGAACUGAUCUCCCUUCACAUAAAAGAAGACUUGUGUAGAAACCAGGAGUUAAAAGACCUUGGUGACCUGUCCCCACACUGGGACAACCUACGGAAAAAUGUCCUUACUCACUGUGAUCAAAUGGUGACUAUGUACCAAGAUAUCCUGACAGAACUCAGCAAGGAAACAGGGUCCUCUUUCAAAUCCAGCAGCAGCAAAGGAGAGAAAAGCUUAGAAUUUGUUCCAAUAAAUCUACACUUGCAGCGGAUGCAGGUGCACAGCCCCCACCUCAAAGAUGCUCUCUAUGACGUCAUCACUGUGGGAGCCCCAGCUGCCCAUUUUCAGGGAUUCAAGAAUGGUGGUCUUCGAAAACUACUCCACAGAUUUGAGACAGAGAGAAGGAAUACGGGCUACCAGUUUAUCUACUAUUCACCGGAAAACACUGCUAAGGCCAAGGAAGUCCUCAGCAACAUCAAUCAGCUGCAGCCUCUCAUAGCCACCCACGCCGACCUGCUGCUAAACUCUGCCAGCCAGCACUCCGCAGACAGCUUGAAGAGUUCUUUAAAGCUGCUCUCAGAAAAAACUGAGCUUUUUGUACAUGCCUUCAAGGACCAGCUGGUCAGGAGUGCUCUUUUAGCUCUCUACACAGCAAGGCCAGGAGGCAUCCUUAAGAAACCGCCAUCUCCCAAGGACAGCACAGAGGAGACUUGUCCCCAGGAUGAGCCCCCUCAGCUGAGAAGGCAGGACUCCAUCCCACAUCAUUCUGACUAUGAUGAAGAAGAAUGGGAUAGGGUGUGGGCCAACGUGGGGAAGAGCCUGAACUGCAUUAUCGAUACAGUGGACAAACUGAUUGAGAGAGACAGUCACAAUGAAGAAGGUACCGGAGGCAGCAGUAGCAAUGACGGAGACGCGGCUCCUUCCCUAGAGGAUUCUAUCACAUCUCACCCAAAGGAGGACUGGUAUGGACAGCUACACCCUCUCAUCCUUACCCUGAAGGAGUGCAUGGGAGAAGUGGUGAGCCGAGCCAAGCAAUCCCUGACAUUUGUGCUGCUUCAGGAACUAGCCUACAGCCUGCCUCAGUGUCUGAUGCUGACUCUGAGAAGAGACAUCGUCUUCAGUCAGGCGCUUGCUGGAUUGGUGUGUGGCUUUAUCAUCAAAUUGCAUACAAGUCUGCAUGAUCCUCACUUCCUACAGCAGCUCCACACGGUGGGCUUGCUGGUACAGUAUGAAGGACUGCUAAGUACCUAUAGUGAUGAAAUUGGAAUGCUGGAGGACAUGACUGUCGGCAUUUCAGAUUUGAGGAAAGUUGCAUUUAAAAUAACCGAAGCCAAAUCUAGUGAUGACCUGCCCAUUCUCACAGGAAGGCGUGAACACUAUGUGGUGGAGGUCAAGCUUCCAGCGACAGUGUUUGAGUCGCUCCCUGUGCAGAUUAAAGAAGGGCAGUUGCUUCACGUGUAUCCAGUUCUGUUUAAUGUUGGGAUCAAUGAGCAGCAGACCCUUGCUGAGAGGUUUGGCGAUGUUUCUUUGCAAGAAAGUAUUAACCAAGAAAAUUUUGAACUUGUUCAAGAAUAUUAUUCGAUAUUUAUGGAAAAGAUGCCUCCUGAUUAUAUUUCACAUUUUCAAGAACAGAAUGAUUUAAAAGGAUUGUUGGACAAUCUCCAUCAAAAUAUUCAAGCCAAAAAAAGAAAGAAUGUAGAAAUCAUGUGGCUGGCAGCAACAAUUUGUCGCAAACUCAAUGGUAUUCGCUUUACCUGCUGUAAAAGUGCCAAAGACAGGACCUCGAUGUCAGUGACGCUGGAACAGUGCUCCAUCCUGAGAGACGAGCAUCAGUUGCACAAAGACUUUUUCAUCCGAGCCUUGGACUGUAUGAGAAGCAGACAAACCCAGGGAGCCUUGAGCGAAUCCGAUGACCCCGAGACAGGCUGUCUAACUGACAACAAGCCGACUUCUCGACACUUCUACCCUGUCGCCCUGCUUCUCGUCAGCUCUCACCUGCUCGUUGUGUGGCUUAUUUUAAGUCUUGCAUUACUCCUAGCCAAAUACCAAUAAAUUUUAUGCUGUGUUCUUUCCUUUUCUACAAACGACAAUGGACUUUAAUUCUGGGGACAAUGUUGUAAUAUUUAUACACUUUCAGAUUCACAGAAUUUAAAAAAAAAACAACAACAAAAAGGAAAUGUUUGAAUUGUGGUUUUGUUUGUUUUUCCUAAAUCCUAAAAGGCAAAAGUACUAUGCAUUAAGUGAAUUAUUUUGCUCUUUUGUUCACGGAAAAGUGUUUUCCCACUGUUAAGUAGCUAAAGAUGCGUUUUAAAAUUACUGUCUUUGGAACAAGACAAAAAAUAGAAUCCUGAAAGCUUGAAGUUCUGAACCUCCCCUUCCCAUUUCAUUUAUUAGAGAAAUUAGGACUGACAUUGUGCACCAGUAAAACCCCGGAGACAAUCUGGGAAGCAGGAGGUUACAGACUUUCUUUCCACUGUGCUAACAUAGUUGCGAUCAGCUGAUAGAAAUGUGUCCGUUUUCUUACUCUGUUCCUCCUCGGCUCUUAUUCAUUGCGGCAUUUAACCUUCUUGUGUCAAGUAACUUUAUGGAAAGAAUGGCUAUUUUUGUUUUGUAAUUAAAUUGACCUGUUUGUAACUAUUGUUUGGGUUGAUUUGGCUUUCAGACUACUUUUCUAUUUUUCUUAACAAGGUCUCAUCUGUGUCUUGCUGCGCCAUUUUUAGCACCUGUGACUUUUGUACCGUGGUUGAGGAGCGCUCCUCUUUUGUGAAGCUGGCGUUUGGAGCAGGCUGCCAAAAAAGACAUCUGCUCUCUUCACUGCAUAGCUAAAACAACAAAGUCAAAUAGGAACAGAACCUCCUUUUAAAAAUCUAUAGGGCCAGACUUAAUAAAUUCAAUGCCUUAUUCCUAGAGCUGCAUCCUUAGGGCUACAUGUAGAUUUUAAUGUGUUUUAAGGGACCGGUAGUUAAUUUGUGGAAAAGUUAUACAAAGGCAGAUAUAUUUAUGAAACUAAAGCAUAGCUGUAUUGUGGAGCAAAUUAUAUUUAAAGAGUUUAUCAAAAGUUAAAUAUCUGUUAAGAAACUUAAUCAUAUCUUUCCGAAGGCAAUAAUGGUAUUGAGCCUGGCCUAGGAUUUAAUUUUGUAAGAUGUAUCAUCACUUGUGGGGAAAACAAUGUAGAGUUGAAUCUUUAUUAUUUUUACUUGGACUGUUGCUGCAACUCUGCAUUGAACAAAUAAAGCGUAUUUAUUUAUUCCGUG